CUCACACUCUCACACACACACACACACACUCUCUCCCUCCUUCCUCUCUCUCUCUCCCUUUGGAGCACUCUGUGUGGACAGAAAGCAGGCGGUGGAGCAACAGGCUGGCUGACGCUCUGAGCCGGGCCACUCUUUGCUCUGAGGCUACUUGUGAAAAGUCUCGCCAGGAUGGGAACUCUGCCGCUUCGAGGCGUCCUCCGCUCCCAGACACACCCCUGGGCGCCCCCACCGCAAGGGCAUGCUCGCAGGGUCUAACUAACGACCAUGGGAAGAAAACAAGCUCAUCUCUGAGGAGCACAGAGCUCUUCUGGGGUUUUAGUUCUGUAAAAAAAAGUCAAAGGAAUACCAGACAGAAAAUAAUGACAACUGGAUAAGGGAUAAACCGCCGGCAAAAUGAACCCCUCCUCUCUGGACUGGUCCAUUCAGGGCGCGCUGUCGUCGCUCUUCCCUCCCUUCGAGGCCACCGCUCCCACCGUUCUCAGCCAGCUCUUCCGCACCAUCGACGAGCGUUUCCAGGGCGACGCGCUGCAGUGCCUGCUGGACUUCCUCAUCCCGGCCAAGCACAUCCUCGAGAGCGUGCAGCAGGCGGCCUGUGCUGCUUACUCUGAUGUGGUGUUCCGCUGCGAGGGCUGGCCGCUGUGCCUGCGCGACCGCGUGGUGAUCCAGCUCGCGCCCAUCAACCCCCUGCUGCUCCGCCCCGGCGACUUCUACCUGCAGGUGGAGCCGUUCGGAGACCAGGCGGCCCGCAUUGUCCUCAAGAGCCUCCUGGCGCAGGGAGAGGGCCUGCUGGAGCAGGCAGGCGUGGGCUCGCACGCGGAGGCUCUGGAGGAGACGCCCAUCCUGGAGACGUCCUACCCGUGCAUAUUCACCGAGGCCUGGCUGCGGGAGGUCAACGAGGGGAGGCAUGGCGUGCCACUUGGCACCUGCGUGCUCUCGUCUGACCAGGGCGUGGUGAAAGUGCCCUGGGCCGAGAUCGCCAAGCCCGAGUUUCUGGACCGUCCUAAGAGCAGGGUGCCGAGCGCGAGCAUGUCCUCGCUCCCGACAGGCAUGGUGGUACAGGACGUCCAGAUGGAGGCCUCCGCUCCCCCGUCGCCGGGGUCCCAGUCGUCCGUCCAGUCAGAACUCUCGUCGCUCACCAUGGAGACCGUCAUCCUUCCGGCCAAAGAUGGCAUUGCCGUCUCCUUGCGCCUCACCGGCGGAAACAACUCCAAACCUGUCAAAGUUGACCAUGGUAUGGCCGUCAACAAUCCGUCCGGUAAGCCAGUAGGCUGGGUGUCACCCAACACAUGGGACACCCGGCACAAGUGGGAGAUGGAGGGGGAGUAUGUGGACCUGGUGGAGUUCAACAAGGAGAAGGAGGCCCUCGCUCUCAGUAAGCCCACUGCGCCCAAGGGCCUCCCCCUCCAGGGCCUCAGGCCAGUCAGACCGGCCCCUCCAGCACCCAAACGGGACCAUCCACCCCAAGGGGGACCCCUAAAGCUCCCAGGGGACCUGUGUGCGCCGUACAGCAAAGGAGUACCGCUCACCCUCGACCUGGAGUCCAAGAACAGGCACCGCGAGUCGUACCUGGCCGCCUUAAUGAACCCUGUCUGUUUCGGGGGCAGUUUGGCACCACUGGAGGAGACUGGGGCUGACGUAGAGGAGCCUUGCCUCAGUGCGGAAGGAGGCUGUGGGCCUGGGGGUCCAGCACAGACGGCUCAAGCCUGCCUGGCUGGCUGUCCCUCUCAGACCACCCCUGAGGGAGAGAGUUCGCCGAAGCCCAGACAGGCAGGGCCACCUGGGCAGCCGUGGGGCCCAGCAAACUGUGGGGGCCACCCAACGAACGCAGGGGCCCCUCUACAGCCUCCGCUUCUGCAGCACUGCCACCAGCCAGACUCCGCUGGCGGUCGGGAAGGACUUCAAAGGGGUGUCCACGGUGUCCAGAAAUUCCCCAAAACCCAAAUGUUACGUAAACUUGGGCAGCCGUGCAAACCACCUCUGGACGUGCGCCUGGCCUGCCAGGGCUCCUCUGAGACAGAGGGUCAGCAGCAGCAGCAGACUCCUCUGUGGCACCAGGACCCAUGUCAAGCGAAAGACCAUAGAGCACCCCUUCAAAGCCAGACCCCACACCAGGCUGCAGGGCCACAACCUGCGUCCCCCACCAAGAGUCCAGCGCUGCCGUACCCUGUGCCAGGAGUAGAGGGCCACUGUCCAAACAGCCGCGCUGUGACGCAGGGCGCUCCGGAGACCCUGGCCCAGGCAGAGGUCCCGAGGCUUUGGGGCAAGGGCCGGGCCAAGCAGCACUCGCUGUCGUCCGUGUCCGACUCGGCCCGAGAGUGCCUGCAGGCCCACAAGAUGCCCAGCAGGAGCCUGAGCGAUGUCUGCCCCGAGGUCAUUCCUACCAUCCGCGUCAUCCAAAACAAGAAGACCACGGCCUUUGGCCUGGUGUCCCCGAAAAUGGACAGGAAGGCCCAGUCUAAACAGUCCAAGAAAGAUGUUUACCAGUCUGAACCGGGCACCCCUCAGGCACCAGACCGGAAGCUCCAGCCGCACCCUACUGACCAGCCUCCAGCUGCCCAGGGGAAGCACCCCGUUGCUGGGCCCAGGUCCUCAGCGAGCCCCCUCUUUAAACCGCUCCAUCCGGACAGCAUCACUCUCCUGCCUCUGGGCCUCGCCUGCUUGCCAGGAAGUAGGGACCGUGCGGGCCGGGCGGUGCUGGAGGUCCAUGGGGACAGGAAGGGCUGGACAUGCCCCCUGGUGACCUCUGUGGAGCUGUGCAAGCUGCUGCUCUACCUGCACUCCAUACCCAGGAAAGAGGUGCGGGACUUAGGGCUGACGCUGGUAGUCGACGCCAGAAGGGUCCCUCCUCCCCCUGUACUCUACAAAUCCCUGCUUAUGAUCCAGGAACAGGCGCUGCAUGCUGUGCACGGGAUCGUAGUGUUGGUGGAUAAAGAGCUGAACCCGCGUCCAGACAGACACACAGGCCUGCAGAUGGACAUCAUCACCUCCCUGAAAGCUCUACAUAAGAUUGUUGAUGGACAGCAGCUGACCUCUGACCUGGGUGGGACUUUCCUCUACAAGCACAGUGAUUGGCUACAUUUCCACCAGAAAAUGGCCGUCUUCAUGACUGACCUUCAAGGUGCCGCCACACUUCUCCAGAAAGCCAUUAAGAAAUUAGACAGCGUCAGGAAGAUGGACACUGUUAAGGAUGUAAAGGCGUGCAUAGAGGAGCAGCGGAGUUCGAUGAAAGAGGUCCUAGAGGACACCAGAUUGGUCACUUUACAGAGGGAGGGAGGGGCUAUCCUUGCCCGAAUGAGGAAGGAGGAAUUUCGAUUUGCCCUGUCAGAAGACUACAGAGAUGCCAUGGAGGCGGUACGGAGUCUGUAUAACCAGGUGGAGGAGAAGGUCCACUCCCUGGUCAUGAGGUCUAACCAGUCCCUGCAGCACCUGGACUACCUGCUCCAGCUGAGGACCAUGGAGGACAAGAUCACCUGGAUCAGGGAGUGGUUCGCCACAGAGGAGCAGUCCUGGCUGAGAGAGGUGAGCUCCGCUGAGGACCGACUGGACACGGUGGAACAGAGGCUCCAGCACCUCACCUGCUCCCUCAGUAAGGCCAAGGAGUGGAAGGUCGAAGCAGAAGGGCUGGUGCAAGAAGCCGACAAGAUCCACAGGGCUUCGUACCCCGAAGCCGAGGUGUUCCGCGCCCUGGUCACUACUUUAAACACCGACCUGGCAGAGAGACUGUCGCGGGCUGAGCAGUCUCAGGCCGUGCUGGAGACGACAGCCCGUCUGUACAGGUUCUGUGAACAGGCCAUGGCUCUGGCUAAGGAGUGCGAGCAGUGUCUGGAGCACGUGGGGAGUGCGUGCUACCCUCACAGGGCCAAUGCGGGCGCCGUGAGGGCCUUCGAGGAGCGGUUCCGGAGCUUUUCCGCCGAGCGCUUCCAGGAGGCCAAGGCCGACGCUCUGGCUCUGGGAGGCCCGGUGGGGAUGAAGAUGUGGGCUGCGGCCUGGGCUCACUGCCAGGACGUCAGCGGGAGACUGCAGGGGAGGCUGAAGGCCUCGGACGAGGGCCAGGCGUCGCUGAGAGGAGCCGAAGGUCCGGGGGCGGCAGAGGCCACGUCUCCACCUCACAGUCCGAGCGCACCAGCGGCAGUGCCACUAGCAGCCUCAGAUACUCCCACCCUUGAAUACAGAGAGUGCGAUCGGAGGGGCUCCUCGAUGGGCUUGGCCGAGAGCCGAGACAGCCGUGCCAGGCAGAGUGAGGAGGCCACGGUCACCUGUUUCAACCUCCACUUCAAACCUGAGGGGAAAGGGAAGAGAGCGGCCAACGCCCCUGCAGUCGCCCACAAACUAAGCAACGAUCUCAAGGCUCCUCAGCCCCCUGCUAGCACAGAGAACCAGGCCAGGGCCAACCCUCCCCUGACGUGUCCAGCAGAGACCGCUGAGGUACCGAUGGCCCCCUCCAGCCCAGGCAAAGCAUCGGCCGACUUCGUGACACUCCAAAACGAAAUAGAGCAAAAGAUCUCAACUCCUCCUCUGCCCUCAGCCACGGAGACUCAAGGUCACGCUGGCCAGUGCUCGUCAGGCGGAGCGUCCAGUAGCGCCCCCCUAGCCACCGCCAGGUGGUGGAGGGGAUCCCGGGAGCAGCACAGCCACAGCGAGGACGACCUGCGGAGGAUGGAGGAGCCCGCUGACCGGCCGCCGUGCCACCGCGCCCUCGGCCGCUCACACAGCGAGGGCUCGUGCGUGAGCAGCGCUCGCUCCUCGCGCCACACAGACGCCGCGUCCACAUGCACGUCCACGUGCGCCGUCUACGGCAGCCAAGCCGGCUCCCACGCUGCGGCCUCUCACCACCACCCUCACCACCACCCUCACCACCACCUGAGCCACUCGUCCCAGCUGACCCCACACACACCCCGCAGGGGCUCCGAGGAGCAGAGGCUCUGGCCGGAGGCCCACAGCCACCCCCACCCCCACACGGAGACUCAGGCCUCCUCAAGUCCAGCCACAGAGGCCGGCAGCAGGCUGCAGAGUCCCAGGACUGGCGGAACAGCAGCAGCCGAGGAGAGCAGCAACAUCCUAAAGCUGCAGCGCAUCAUGGAGGAGCUGCUGCUGACGGAGCGGGAGUACGUGCGGGCGCUGGCCUACGUGACGGAGCACUACUUCCCCCAGCUGGAGCGCGCCGACGUGCCCCAGGACCUCCGUGGCCAGCGCGGCUCCAUCUUCGGCAACCUGGAGAAGCUGCGCGACUUCCACCAGCACCACUUCCUGCAGGAGCUUGAGCUGUGCCUGCGCGAGCCCUUCCUCGUCGGACGCUGCUUCCUCAAACACAAAGAAAACUUCAGCCUCUACGCGCUGUACAGCAAGAACAAACCACGCUCAGACAAUCUUCUGAAGCACCACGGCCAAUUCUUCAAGCAGAAGCAGCUGGAGCUGGGAGAUAAGAUGGACCUGUCGUCGUAUCUGCUGAAGCCGGUGCAGCGCAUCAGCAAGUACAGCCUGCUCCUGCAGGACGUGGUGCGCGAGUGCGGCGCCGGACCCGCCCGGGGUCAGGAGCGCGCCGAGGUCCAGGCGGCGCUCGAGGUCAUCCAGUUCCAGCUUCGCCAUGGCAACAACCUCCUGGCCAUGGACGACAUCCAAGACUGUGAUGUCAAUCUGAAGGAGCAGGGUCAGCUGAUACGGCAGGAUGAGUUCCUGGUCUCCUUCCGGAAGAAGAAGUGUUACCGCCACAUCUUCCUCUUCCAGGACCUCAUUCUCUUCAGUAAGACCAAGAAAACAGAGGUCGGAAACGACGUCUACAUUUACAAACAGUCCUUCAAGACAUCAGAUAUAGGCAUGACCCACAACUGUGGGGACAGCGGCCUGUGUUUUGAGAUCUGGUUCCGGAGGAGGAAGUCCCAGGAGACAUAUAUCCUUCAGGCGGCCAGCGUGGAACUGAAGGAGGGCUGGACCAGGGACCUGGAGCGCAUCCUCUGGGAGCAGGCUAUCCACAACCGAGAAAUCCGAAUGCAAGAGAGGGUGUUCAUGGGCAUCGGUUACAAGCCUUUCAUGGACAUUCAGCCCAGCGAAGCGGCCAUCAGUAACCGGGCCAUCAACUGUGCCCUCGCUGGAAGAGAAUGCAAAGCUGCUGGCCCUGGGUUGCCUUGCUCUCAGGGAAGGUUCCCCGCCCUCAGACCCAACUCCGUCAGAAGAACCUCAUCCUCCGGCAGCCACUCGUCGUCCUCCUCGUCCUCCUCUGGUCGAGGGUCCAUGUCCCCUGUUGGGGGCUACCUCUGCCCCAUCAGCAGUCCGCCAGUGGUGGGCCUCGCUGGUCUCUCUCUGUCCCCUCCUGGGGUGCUGGAGGAGGAUGACCUGGACCAGGAGCAGAGGAACCAUCAUAUUCUGGUGGACAGCUCUGAGUCAUCAGGGGAGAGUGUGAGCGGCUUCAGCAGCUCCGGACGCAGCUGCCUGUCUGUGAUUGGUGGAGAGGUGGAGGAGUCUUCCUCUGAGGGACCUGACCAGCGCACCAAGGCCUCGGCAGUGCAGAAGGGGCCCCAAGAGCCGACAGACCAGCCCGCCCUCCCCUCCACACCCGCCAGCCACACAAGGGAUCAACCACUCAGUAAGGUCAAAGAAGUGAACAUUACAGGCAAAUCCACUGAAGUGUAACUUGCAGGCAUGUAUCAAGACACAUUCCACAUCGGAAGCAGCCCAGGUGAACGCCCGAAUGAAACUCUUGUAGCAGGCGCUGUGAAAAGGGGACAGACUAUUUCUCAACGGGGGGAAAUCUUUUUGCCACUGCCAAAGACAUACGAGGCCAGACAGUGGCUGCUACCAACUUGUGCUUAUGUGUGUGUUUAUUAUAGCAAUCUCUCCACUCAUGGAGCUUUUCAUCAAGCAUAUGCCUGAGGGCCUCAUACUGACGACAGAGAAGAUAAGAACAAUGCACAGGAAGCGUAUUGAAAUGUACUGCAGGUUAUUUCACAUAUUUCAGGUCUGUUCACAUAUUGCAAGGCAAUUUCAGAAAUUGUUCACAAUGUUAUUAUGCCAUAAAUAUGAAUGAAUUGUUUAUACUUGGGACUUCCUGUGGACAUCUAAGCUUAAUUUAGCGCUGGACUGACUAAUAUUAUGUCUAUAUGUGUGUAUGUAUGUGUGUGUGUGUAUGUGUACAUAUAUAUGUGUUGGUUUUGCUGUGUAAGGUCUCAAUAUUUUACAUUACAUUAAAUUUUAUAUCUACAUUCAUCAGUGGGGAGAAAUAUUCUGGCAUUGUAUAAUUUUGAGUCAUUUUGCAUUCAUUUUUAAAUUGUCAGACCGUUUUUCUCUGUUGUCAUAAACACUUAACACACACACACACACACUUCAUGCAGAAAUGCCUGGCUGUGCCAGUCUCAUAUUAACUACAUUCAUGGCCAUGUAAGAAAAUGUGAUGUACUAAUCUAGGCACAUCUACUGUGAUAUGUUAUGAAAACAGUAUCUAGAUUGCUAUGUUAGUAGACAAUUAAAUGUAACUCCUAAACUGCAUAAGGUAACCGGUAACAGUCAUAAACCUAUAUGUAUAUGCACUCAAAUAGCUCCCAUGCGUCUUGUUAAGAAUACAAUCAGAAUUAUCUGAUGUAGGGGAAAAACACUAUUCAUUUUGGGGAAGAGAUUCUGCAUUUUUUCCCUCCACAUAAGGUGCUGUUAACUUUUAUCAUGUUGUUUUUAAUGAUGUCUAUUGUAUUUAUUCAUUUUAUUUUCCUUGUCUGUGCAUUCAAAGGAUGUUCUUCAGGACCAUUGUUAAGUUAGCAUAAGAAUGCUAUGCAGGCGACUGUUUUCAGUAACAUCUGCUUUGUUAAAUAAAGUGGCUUUGAGACUCUU